GUGAUUUUCUUCUCGCGCGCUCAGCUCUAUCCUUUCUCCUACACUUCCGAGAUUUUUCAGGAUGAACGUGUUGUUGUCGAGUCUGGUUAGGAAGCUUCUGUAAUCCACUGUUCGUAUGAUUCUAGCGGCCAUAUCUGCCGCAAGAAGGUCAGGGAUUUUAUCCGUUGGAAGUGGCCUCGGAUUGCGCGCGCGUUGUGGCCGGUGGACAAGCAUCCAUUCUCCAAAUUCUUCCGCCGGUGAAUUACCGUGGGAUUUUUCCGGUGACGUAUUUGAUGGCUUGAACUGGUUUUUGUUUAUUUUCUGUGGAAAGUUCUUGUUGGCUGGUGUAUUGUUGGUGGUUGUGAAGAUCAUUGUGCAAAGAACAGGGGAAGAGCCUGGGAAACCCGAGGACCAGAAGCCGAAGCUUCUCUCUAAAGGAGCUGGAGAGAAGAUAGAGUUUCUCACUCUAAGCUUCUAUGAUUGGAUGUGUCAAAACGUUUUUUUUUUUUUCCUUAAAAAAAACAAACAGAUAAAAAAGUUUAUCUAACCAUAGUCAACCCUAAUACAAACUAGUUUAAAUAUUUAAAUUAUUAAAUAUUAUUUUUAUUUUGUCUUUUCUUUUUAGUCAAUUUCAAUUUUUAUUUUGAAAAAUUAAUAUUUUAAAAUUUUAUCUUAUUUUAAUUUUAUUUUAUUAUUAAUAAAAUAGAAUUUGAGUAUGUGAGCUUAGUUCGGAUUUCUUCAAAUUUGUUUAGCUAGCCUGAAUAAUUUUGAAGUAAUUUUUUUUUUUUAAACCUCAAGUUUGAGUCUAAGAUUUUUCGAAUUUAUUCCGUCAUAAGAGUUACCAGCGCUCUACUGAAAACCAAAUCUCUGGGCAGUGCACUGUUUUUUUUUUUUUAAUGCGAACGGAAAACAUGCUCUGGGCAGUGCACUCUGCACUCUAAUUAGUCCAAAACAUGCAAAAGCCACCAACAUUGUAUUUUUCCACUUGGGUUCAUUCGUAAGCUUUACCUACGAAGAAAAACCCCUUGCAAGUUUCAAAUCCGCGAAGCCGAAUGUAUCUAUAUCAGUAUUUGUAUAUGAUGAAGUCCAUGCACAACUUGGAAUUUGCAGUAUUAUUUUCUCAUCUCCCUAAACUCAAAACCGCUGCUUUCAAUUCGUGGGCUCCUGAUUCUCUCUUCUGCAAUAAUCCAGUUCGCAUUCUAAAUCAUCCCCAACUAACUUCGGUUCCUCUUUCACUAUGUAGCUUCAUUUGUUCAUUUCAAUAUCGAUACUUGCAAAUGGAGGCGUCUGCUUCUCCGUCGGGUGAGAUUCACGCGAUAGUUGGUCCGAUGCUCUCCGUCAAAGGAAUUCAGAUAAAGGAUAAUAACGGCAGUUUACAGGUCAAGCCUCACAAAAACGGCCCCAACUUAGAUAAAGUUUUAAAAGGUCUGUGUAUAUCUGGAAGGUUGGCAGAAGCCAUUGGCCUUUUGUGUCGCACAGGAUUAGCAGUGCACUCAAGAACCUAUUCCCUUCUGCUGCAGGAAGGCAUAUCAAGGAAAGAAUACAAAAAAGCCAGAAGAAUCCAUGCACAAAUGAUUGUAGUUGGAUAUGUUCCAAAUGAAUACUUAAAGAUCAAAUUGUUGAUAUUAUAUGUCAAAUCAGGAUACCUAGAAACUGCCAGCAUUUUGUUUAAUAAUUUGGCAGGGAAGAGCUUAGUUUCAUGGAAUGCAAUCAUUGCUGGAUACAUCCAAAAGGGCCUCGUAGAAGUGGGAUUGGAAUUUUUCUAUUCGAUGAGACAGUCUGGCAUGAGACCAGAUCAGUAUACCUUUGCAUCAGUUUUUAGAGCCUGUGCAACCUUGGCUGCACUAGAACCUGGGAAGCAAGCCCAUGCUGUGAUGAUCAAGUGUCAAAUUAGGGACAAUGUAGUUGUCAACAGUGCCCUUAUUGACAUGUAUUUCAAAUGCAGUUGUAUCUGUGAUGGGCAGCUUCUUUUUAAUAAGUGUUUAAGCAGAAAUACCAUUACUUGGACUGCUCUAAUAUCUGGUUUUGGUCUGCAUGGAAGGGUUUUAGAAGUUAUAGAAGCUUUUCAUAAAAUGAUAUCAGAAGGUUUUAGACCAAACUAUGUUACUUUCCUUGCUGUUUUGUCUGCUUGUAGUCAUGGUGGUUUGAUUGAUGAGGGAUGGAAAUAUUUUCUAUCAAUGACAAGAGAGUAUGAAAUUCUGCCACGAGGGCAGCAUUAUGCAACAAUGGUUGACCUUUUAGGGCGUGCUGGGAAGUUAAAAGAAGCUUACGAAUUUGUCCUGAAUUCACCUUUUAAAGAACACGCUGCAGUAUGGGGUGCUUUGAUUGGGGCUUGUAAGAUUCAUGGAGACAUGGACUUGUUAAAGGUCGCGUCAAAGAAAUUCUUUGAAUUAGAACCUGUAAAUGCUGGAAAACAUGUUCUCAUGGCUAAUGCAUAUGCGCACUCGGGGCUGUGGGACAAUGUAGAGGAGGUUAGGGCUAUAAUGAGGAAAUCAGGGAUGGCAAAGGAGCCUGGUUACAGCAGGAUAGAGGUUCAGCGAGAGGUUUUCUUCUUCUAUAUGGGUGAUACAUAUCAUCAUCAAUCGCAUGAGAUUUAUAAGGUUAUUAAAGAGAUGACAUGCAUCCUAAUGGAUGCAGACUAUUUGCCUGAUAUAAGCGGAACCUAGUACAAAUAUGCGUUAUUAAAGAAUCAGGGGGAGGAAAAACUUGCUGGUUCAAGUUUAUCUUGUUUCGAUAUAUGUAAUUCAGCUUGCCCGUAAAAGUUCAGGUAUGAUAUUUUAGGAAUUUAAACAAAGUCUUGCAUGCAAAGAAAGUUCCUUAACUCAGAUUGAAAAUUCCCAGUGAAACAGACAAAACCGAAACAUUUAGGAUCUUCACUAUUGUCGUGUAUAAUAUAGUUUUUGGCGUAGGAAUACUUUGCUUUUUUUUUGUUGGGGGGUAACUGUAAGUUAUUUGGAGGUUGGGUGCCAGGGGUAGCUAAUAUGUGACGUUUUGUAAACCAGUAUAAAGUAUUGAUGAGAAGACCAAAAGCACAGUUUAUUUAUUUAUGUUUGUCUUGUGAAAAUACACUUAUAUGUUAUUGUUAAUAGUUGAAUCUUAACUUAUUAAAUUUUGAAGGAAAUUAUAAUAAAAAAAUAAAAGUUAAGGCUCAACUUUUAACAAUAUAUAUGUGUUUUUCACAACAAUAUUUGAUACUUUAUUGUGAUAAAUUCUUUUGAGAGGAUCUUAAAUGUCAUUCUCCCAAAAAACUAUUUUGAAUUAAGAUUAGUGGGGAGAAAAUGUUUAUACUUUGAAGUGAAAGAGUAAACUACUGUGCUAAUGGUCAAAAGCGAGAGGUUACUUCUUCUCUGCGAUUCCAUUGCUGUGAUGAAUGGCAAUGAGAUCUAAGGAUUCCAUGCCCCACUUAAAUGAAAAGGGGAGCACUUAAGGAGCAAUGUAGAGGAUCCUUCAAUCUUUCAGCCUACAUCUCAUGUGCUUACACAACUGAAAAAUGUAGAGGUAGAACAAUUACAAGCUCGAGGAAUCUUUUUCUUAGGCGAUAAUUUUUCCAUCUUUGUUGAGAUUAACUUUUCUAACAUUCCACUUUAGAUGAUGAGGCAAGUGAUGACGCAUAUGAUGAUGUAGAUGAAAGAACUAUUAUUGAAUUUCCUUGCACGACCAGGAUAGAGGAAAAAGAGGGAACAAAUAUGUAUAGCAUGACUGGGAUGAGAAAGAGGAGGGAGAUUUUAAAGUGAAGAAGCAUGAAGUACACACGUAUGAGAAAGAAUAAGCCGAAUCGAAAGCCAUGAAGCCGUUACUAUUCAUAAAAUGAGCUUGGAGUCGAUGUUAUUCAUGGUUGUAAGUCAUUAUCUUUCAGUAUAUAUUAAUAUAUUGAUGAAACAAUUUGUUGAUUACACACACACACGCGUGCAUAUAUAGAAUUAACACACUUGUGUGCGCGCAUGUACAUGUAUGUGCCUCCCAAAAUUUUAAAAAUUGACAUCCUACGUAUCACGUCCA